UGAAUCCAGAAGGACGCCGACAACUAAUUUUUCUGUAAUAAGAAUUGAAGUUCGUUUAGCAAUACCACUAUUUAUUGUCUCCUGCUGCCAAAGCAAUGAACACCAUGCAGCACGAGUCAUAUUCCAACGAGACGGAAAAUUCCACAAGGCUAACAAGUCUAUAUAAAGAGACAAAAAAAGUUGAGGUUGCAGUACUGUUCUCUCUUGCGAUGGCCAUCGUUGUUAUCAACAGCUCAGUGUUUUAUCUCUUCUUUAAGAGGAAAACUCUGCGAACCACUUCAAAUUAUCCACUCUUCAGCUUGGCUGUUUGCGACUUCUUCUGUGGUUUUAUAAUCAUUCCACUUUUCGCAUUCCUAGUUUUCACGCCGUUGAUACAACCCAGUGGAUCGAUUAGGUUUUAUCUUGGAUUUGUUUUGACUGUCCUUCAUAACUUUGUGGCCAUUGCUACUGUGUAUCACAUCGUUGUUGUGACAGGAGAGCGUUAUUUGGCAAUCAAGGCUCCAUUUAAACAUCGAGUACUUCACAAGAAAAGCAUUUUGACAGUUUUAAUAAUUGUUUGGCUUUCCUCGCUUGUUGUAUCUUUUCUCCCUUUCACAUGGAUCAGUAAAAUACAUCCAGUACUUAAACCAGAAUCUUCAAGAUACGCACUCUCGUUUUCGAUAUUCUGUAUUGUGUUUGCUUUAAUUUUACCUUACAUCUUCUUGGUCUAUGCAUUCAUUGAUAUGUUCAAAGGUAUCAAUAGAAGAUCGAAGAGUCUACAUCGGAAAAAGGGUGGCGGGGUGCUUAUAAUUCGACGUUCAACAAGCUUACGUAACCGGUCAAGUUCUGAAGGCAAGUCUUUGGCACUCUUCGCCAUGAUGGCGUCUGUAUACCUGAUAUGUUGGUUCCCCUGGUUUGUCUUGUUUUUAUUGCACCAGCUUUCGGCCAUUGACUCUUCUAAAUUGGUUGUACCUUCUCAAGUGUCACUGAUCAUCAGAUAUGCGACAUCUGUAGCCAAUCCAUUACUCUACACCUUCAUGAAAAGGGACUUCUUUCAGGCUUUUAAGUUUGAAUUCAGCAGACUCCGAGGGUCAGCAAUUCCUCUUACCGAUUUACGCGGUCAGCAAACGUCGAGGGAAGUUGGUAGCUCUAUCACAGAAUGUCGGGAGCAUCUUUACGAGAGUGCGUGUUGAACAUCUAUGAAAGUCUAUAUCAAGGAUCCCUUGAAGUUCCUGGAAAUCGUCGUUUCACCGGGAAUCAGUAAAGUUUUGUUUUUGACCAGUAAUUUGAACAGUUUUUUAAUUUGGCAACGGCGGAUGGCGAAGAAAACUGUAUCCAUUUCAUACAACGCUUAGUGGUAUUUCAAUUGUUACUUUCAUUCCGAUCUGCUGGAACUACUGCUACCGUCUUGUAAUGUUAUGACUGCAUCUCGUCGUAAAUGAGGCAUCAGAAAAAAUGCUUCGAAGUCGAGCAGAUUUAAAGCGAGAAAGCUUAAAGGAUAACGAAAGAUCCUAAGGAAACAAAGACACCAGCAAUUACCUCAGGGAUAUAACUAUUGCCAUACUUGCUUAUGAUUACGUAUCUAAUCUUCAAGAGUUGGAUCGUAGGAUUCGCCUUACUACGUUCUCUUCAUUUUCACAACUGAUAAUUCACGCUUUGCCUACUUGCCUAAAACAGUAGGAAAACUGAAAAAUAAUUAGCGAAGGACUGAUAUGAUAGAAAUACGACGAUAUCAAACAGAGAUUCAGUCAUCUUCUGAUGAAGAUUGUCCGCAGCAGACUGCCGUGGAUCAAGAAUCGGUUUUAUCGUCGAUUCGCCAUCUCAAAUUGGAGAAACUAUGUUAAUAUGGUGAUUAGUGGUAAAUGGGAGAUUAAGAUUUUUCAAUCUGAAUAAAAUUGCAUAUCAUG